AUUCAAUCCACACAGACUACUCAAUUCAUCCCUCUCCUGCAUCGGUCCGGUGACGCUUGCUGUGUUAUUCCAGCACGCCGUGCAGACAGAACAGCGAGCAGGACGAUCUAGUCCAUUGCUCUCGCGCCAUUCUGUCUCGCUGGCCAUUCAGUCCCUCCCAGCAAUUCCCAUUCACCGACCAGCUGUCAGCUGCCAGCCCUCCCGCUCGCAUCUCACCCCCUGUAAUCCCUCUCCCCAUCUCCUCAUAAGAGCAGCUUGCUCGUUCUUCCAUCCCCAUCUCAUCUCUCUUUCCAUCCCACUUCAACCAUGUCCCAGUUAGCACUCGGCACCCGUGUCUUGUCUCCGCCCACUACGCGCUACCCAAGGCCCACCACGCCCGUGCGUGCGCGCACCUUUUCCUCGACAUAUUUCUCUCUUGAGACGUGCCAAACGCCAUCCCCUUCCCCUGCAGGCGCCUCGACGUCACCCACUGCCGCUGUUGAACGGGUCAUGGCCCCCACUCAAGCCUCCAACUCCCACAAGCGGCCGGCCCUGCGCCUCCGCAUACGCCACGCCGCACGAGUCGGCCAUAGUGACAUAGGUGGCGACGUCGAGCGCACGGAGAUCGUGGGCCCUGGUACUGGGGAGGCAACCACCCACAUCUUGUGCGAGUCACCAGCUGAGAUCGAUGCAUCGGACGACCAUGCCGCUCCUCGUCCCACCGCAACCGCGUCAACAUCAACUCCCCAAAAGCCAAAGCGCGCAUCCUCGUUCACGUUCGGCGACCGCGCAUCAUACGACCCCGAGAUCGCCGCGCGCGCUUCAUCGCUCGCCUUCAGCAAUAGAGUCUCACUCAACGACUUUGUUCCACUCAAGACGAAAGCCGACGGCAGUGUGACUCCCAGGUCCAUCCUAAAGAACAGGGAGGGCAGAAUCAUGAGCGCCGACUCAUCAACUGGCUCCCUUGGCGCACCGGCCAAGCGCGUAACCUGGAGAGACCAAGAGUCAGUUCUGACCAUCGAGAAACGCAAGUCCCAGUGGAAGACGGGGCAGCGGAUUACCACCCGGGUCGGCAACAUGGGCCGCACACUCCGUCGACACUCGACCGACGCCGCGGCUGUUCUCCGUACCGCUGCUGGGUCCGUAGUUAGAGCCAGCAGCGCGAUCCCUGGCCUUGCCUUCCUCCGCCAGCCAUGGGACUACGACUACCCCCCGAGCGAGGAGGAUGAGGAACGCGUGCGCCCCCCUUCUCCCGACAUUGACUGGACGGCUGCUGGCCGUGCAUAUACGGUCGAGGACCUCCGCCGCGAGUUCCCUACGCUCACGCUCGACAAUGAAGACUCGGUCCGCGCCCAGCCUCGCGGACGCCGUGGACGCUCGCCAAUCAUGGAGUGCUACCCGUCCUCCUCCAUGUCCCGCACCAGCUCCGUUCCCAUUCGCGGUCGUCACUCCAACAGACGUGGGCGGGCGCUAAGCGAAUCCAGCGAAAGCAGUGAGGAGUCGGACGAGCUCCACUGGGACGCGCGCCGUUUCAAGAUCCCGCCCUGUGUGCUGGGCAGCAGAUUCCGCCCUCAGGGCCCGACAUUCGAGGAGACCGAGGAGGAGAUGGGUGCUGUCCUGCUGCACGACGACCGGGCUUCUUCGACGCCUAAGCCGUGCCCGCCCUCCUCCCGCCAGACAUCUACUGCGUCGGACGACACGCUCCCGUCCCUCGACGCAUCCUUCUCGUCCCUCGACAGCGAGAGCCCGUGCACGCCAUGCACGCCGUGCGCGACCAGCAGUGUCGAGCUGCCGACGCUCGACGAGGCCGAUGAGCCGACCGACGCGAUUGUGAUUACCCCCCGCCCCAAGACGUGGGCGCUCUCACCCUUCCGCGUGCCAGACGGUGCGUCGGUUGUAGUGUCAGCGCUCACGUACAGUAUUAUAACUCGCGUCCUUGGACUGAUUUACGGCUUCCUCAUCCCAUUCAGCUACUAGGCCGACUGGAUUAUAAUGCGCACGCCUCGGACAUUGCCGCUCCGGACAAUCACCAGCCGUAUACUUCGACUUUGCUCAGUUGCCACAUUUUCGACACCCGUUUGCCAUACACGAUGCUCCAGUUGCACAAUUUUCGACAAACCAGUUGCCGUAUAUUGGAUACCCCACUAGUCAUGUUGUUUCUCCGCCGACUGUUAGCUGUAACUCACUUUGGUCGGCGGCGUAAGUAGUUUAAGAGAUGCAGUAGUUUGUCUGUGAGA